GCGCGGGCGUGGGGCGCGGGUGGCUGGCCGGGCCCGCUGCGGGAGCAGCCGCCGUUCGCACCGCGGCGCCAUGUCCGGGCAGCUGGAGCGCUGCGAGCGCGAGUGGCACGAGCUGGAGGGGGAAUUUCAGGAACUGCAGGAGACACACAGGAUCUAUAGGCAGAAGCUGGAGGAGCUGACUGCCUUGCAGACCUUGUGUAGUGGGUCAAUCAACAAACAGAAGAAGCGCCUCAAGGACUUGCGAGUGGAGCUCCAGAGGUACAAGCGCCGGGCGGGUCAGGAGGAGGCAGAGCUGGUCCAGCAGAUGGACGCCCACAUCAAGGAGCGGCAGAACGUCUUCUUCGACAUGGAGGCCUACCUGCCCAAGAAGAACGGGCUUUACUUGAACCUGGUCCUUGGCAAUGUGAACGUGACCCUGCUCAGCAACCAGGCCAAAUUCGCCUAUAAGGAUGAGUAUGAGAAGUUCAAGCUCUACCUGACCAUAAUCCUGCUCCUGGGGGCCGUGGCCUGUCGCUUUGUCCUUCACUACAGGGUGACGGACGAAGUCUUCAACUUCCUGCUGGUGUGGUACUACUGCACCCUGACCAUCCGUGAGAGCAUCCUCAUCAGCAACGGCUCCAGAAUUAAAGGCUGGUGGGUGUCGCACCAUUAUGUGUCCACAUUCCUGUCGGGAGUGAUGCUGACAUGGCCUAAUGGACUCAUUUAUCAGAAGUUUCGCGAUCAGUUUUUAGCAUUUUCAAUUUUCCAGAGCUGCGUGCAGUUCUUGCAGUACUACUACCAGCGGGGCUGCCUCUACCGGUUGCGGGCUCUGGGCGAGAGGAACCACCUGGACCUCACGGUUGAAGGGUUCCAGUCCUGGAUGUGGCGGGGCCUCACCUUCCUGCUGCCAUUCCUCUUCUGUGGCCAUUUCUGGCAGCUGUACAACGCCGUCACGUUGUUCGAGCUCUCCACCCACGAGGAGUGCAGAGAGUGGCAGGUGUUCGUGCUGGCGCUCACCUUCCUCGUCCUCUUCCUGGGCAACUUCCUGACCACACUCAAGGUUGUGCACACCAAACUCCAGCAGAACAGAAACAAAACCAAGAAGCCGUAGCAAGAUCUGAGCGGCUGCUGGAGCUCCCGGCAGGAGCGGGACUGAGAGGCCAUGAGCCUCGGACUCUUGCACCCCGACCUGAGCUCAGAGGUCCUGGGCUUCCAGGGGCCGGGCGGCAGCAUCUCAGGGCCAGCACAGUGCUGGAGAAUGUCCCACCCGACACGGAAGGUGACGGUGCCGCGCCUUGCAGUAUUAGCUCUUAUUUAUGUCGUAUUUAAUACCAGGUCCCCGGGUCCCCGCGGCUGCUCUCAGGGGAGGCCGAGCCGUGUCUGUCUUCCAAGAGAGGGGCCCAAGCUUCAGGGAGCCCCUGUCCCUCCUGUCCCUUAAACCCCUCACAGUGGGGUUCAGAUGUGCCUCUUGGGGUUGGAUUUCUGCUGUCCUGUGACCCCUCCGGCACCCCAGGCCACGCUGCCUCUGCCGAGCCCCGCGCGGCCCCUGCCCCGGGUGGGGUUAUUUAUGUUCUCAGAGAACCACCGUCUGUCUCUGCCUGUGCCCUUUGUGCUUCCCGAGUCUCCCGUGGUGACCUGGCGCCCUGGGAUGGGGAGAAUGUGCCCCGUACAGAGGGGCCUGGGAUGGGAGGUUUUAAGAGACCGCCACCAGGAGGCGGCCCAGGCUGUGAGUUCAGUGGCUGCGGCUCGAAGGUCGCUCAAAGUCCGGGUCGACUCUUGGGGUUCUGCAAGCACCCAGCCUUCAGCUCACCUCUCUCCCUAGUUUUUAAUUUAGGGUUACAGGGGACCGCACGUAGCGCUUUUAUACUGAGCUACCUCCCCAGGCUGUUUUACUUACUUUGUCUUUUUUAGACAGGGUCUCACCAUGCGGUUCAGC